AAGAUUUUUUUGGUCGUCGUUCUUCAUUGGAUGUUGUCAGCUCGUCAUUCUUUUUGGAGCUCUACGAGCUCGUAAAUCUUUGUUUGCACUAUGUCAACUCGUAAUUCUUUGUUGGAGCCGUGUGAGCUCGUAAUUCUUUGUUGGAGUUGUGUGAGCUCGUCAUGCUUUGUUAGAGCUUUGUCAGCUCAUCAUUCUCUGUUGGAGCUUUGUCAGCUCGUCCAUGCUUUGAUGGAGCUUUGUCAGCUCGUCAUUCUCUGUUGGAGCUCUUUCAGCUCGUCAUGCUGUGUUGGAGCUCUGCCAGCUCGUCAUGCUUUGUUGGAGCUCUUUCAGCUCGUCAUGCUGUGUUGGAGCUUUGACAACUCGUCAUGCUUUGUUGGAGCUCUUUUAGCUCGUCAUGCUGUAUUGGAGCUCUGCCAGCUCGUCAUGCUCUGUUGGAGCUCUGCCAGCUCGUCAUGCUUUGUUGGAGCUCUUUCAGCUCGUCAUGCUGUGUUGGAGCUUUGUGAGCUCAUCAUUCUUCAUUGGAGUUCUGUGAGCUCGUCACUCUUUGUUGGAGCUUUGUGACCUCAUCAUUCUUCAUCAGAGCUCUGUGAGCUCGGCACUCUUUGUUGGAGCUUUGUUAGCUCGUCAUUCUCUGUCGGAGCUUUGUCAGCUUGUCAUUCUCUGUCGAAGCUUUGUCAGCUUGUCAUUCUCUGUCGGAGCUCUGUCAGCUCGUCAUGCUUUGUUGGAGCUCUUUUAACUCGUCAUGCUGUGUUGGAGCUUUGUGAGCUCAUCAUUCUUCAUUGGAGUUCUGUGACCUCGUCACUCUUUGUUGGAGCUUUGUGAGCUCAUCAUUCUUCAUCAGAGCUCUGUGAGCUCAGCACUCUUUGUUGGAGCUUUGUCAGCUCGUCAUUCUCUUUCGGAGCUUUGUCAUUCUCUGUCGGAGCUUUGUCAUUCUCUGUCGGAGCUUUGUCAGCUCGUCAUUCUCUGUCGGAGCUCUGUCAGCUCGUCAUGCUUUGUUGGAGCUCUUUCAGCUCGUCAUGCUGUGUUGGAGCUUUGUGAGCUCAUCAUUCUUCAUUGAAGUUCUUUGAGCUCGUCACUCUUUGUUGGAGCUUUGUGAGCUCAUCAUUCUUCAUCAGAGCUCUGUGAGCUUAGCACUCUUUGUUGGAGCUUUGUCAGCUCGUCAUUCUCUUUCGGAGCUUUGUCAGCUCGUCAUUCUCUGUCGGAGCUUUGUCAGCUCGUCAUUCUUUUUGAAAGGCUCACCAAAUAAAGAUUUGGAUCUUGC